CCGCGCCCGCGCUCCCGGGGCGGCUCGGCUGGGCCUGGCCCGGCCCUGUCCUGCGCCGCCGGCCGCAGGUGCUUAAAUAGCGGCGCCUGCCGCGCUGCUCUGUCCUUUGCUCCGCUGCGAGAUCUGCUGUAGUUUGCUGCCAUUUAUUUCUAACAACUCAUCUGCUUGAAGAGAUUCCAUUGUAAUGUAUCCAGUGGCUGUUCCUGCACCAGGAGGUGAAGGAAGUAAUGGACAACACGGGAAACUUAUUUUUUUCCUUUUUGUUUUUGGAGCUGGGUUGCUCUGUGCUGGAUUCUUUCUUUCAGUCUUUGUUCUCCAGUCAUGUUCAUCUGGAAGACUCAGAGACUGUAAUGUGGUCCUUAAGGCUGCUGGGCCAGGGCUGGCUCUGACUGGACUGGCUUGUGUUUUACUGGCACGAUCAAGGGCCAGGAUGUAUAUAAGUCAAAGACAAUUGCAAAAUGAGCAAGUGUACAGCCUUGUUUUUUGUCGUGGGAACUGUCAGUUUGCCCAGUUUCUCAUAUUUGGAUUCCUGUUUUUAACUAGUGGAAUGUUAAUUAGCAUCCUGGGAAUUUGGUUUCCUGGUUGCAGCCCUCACUGGCGUAUGAUACAGCUCAACCACACUGGCACUUCUGACACACACGUCCAGGGCUGUGGAUUCCUGUCACUUCAAGUCUUGGGACCUUUGAUUGUGCUCAUUGGGUUGUCUUUCUUCGUGACAGCUCAUGUUAAAAAGAAGCAAAACUUAUAUCUCAACCAAGAAUCCUGUGAAAGGGAACAACAUCCUCAGAGCCCUGAAUCUUUUCAGGUUACAUUAGGUGAUGCUGUGAUGGUAUUCCCACCCCCACCACCUCCUUAUUUUGCUGACCCUAUGUCACCAACUCUGACUCAUUGUCUUACGCCGAGUGUUUUGCCUACAAGUGAAGAUCCACCACCAUACCACUCUAUCUUCACUGAUGGAGCACAGCUUGGUGAUGAUGAAAGAACAGUUGCUGUUAGAGACUCUGAAUCUGUAUAUACAAUUUCUGGAAGCAGCUCACCUUCAGAUAUUUUACCAAUGCUGUACCUUUCUUCUGAACCACCACCAAAAUAUGAAGAGCAAGCAUCAAUAACAAAUAGUUAAUGUUCACCAUCUUCUUCCUUAUCUUUUUCAUCUGUUUCCUUAGCCAUAUCUGACACCAGCUUCUAAAGGACUGACAGUUCACUUCAUUUUUAAUAAAAUGUACACAGAGAUGUACAAUUUUUGAAUUUAUUUACAUUUUGUAAUAAAAGCAAUAAUGUUGUCUGUGUCUAAUUUUUCAUCAGGAAGAAUAAACAAUGAACUUGGAAUUCAAGAA